AUGCCCGAAAGAGGAGCCGGUGGCGAUGGCUCUGCGCCCGCGCGGGCCAUGUCCGCCGCCGACGCGUGGAAGCCCGGUUUCGACAGGCGCCAGAGCUGGAGCAAGGAGGACCAGAAGCACGCCCUGCAGAUGUGUACCGUCGCCGGCAUCGAGACGGGGCUCGGCUUCACCGAGACGAAGAACGUCUCGGACGCGGCCGGCCAACGACAACGCUGA